ACUAUUCCGGCGUUGGUUCAGUUCGAUGUUGGAUCAGUUGGUCUCUUGUACUGUUGAAGAGAAGUGUACGAACGCCGGUUCUCGCGACCUUCCAUCGAGACGCGCUUUUCUUCUUGCUUAAACAAACUUACCGCGACUCCUCAACAAGAAGUGCACCUGAAAGAAGCGCGACAGGACCAGUGAUUUAAAUUAAAGGACCAAAAAGAAAAAUGUAUUAAAGAUAAACAUCGACAAGAAACAUUUAAUAAACAAAAAUAAAACGUGCAACGACCACGCUCUCACGGGAGACAGUAGUUCGAUUCCCGCUAUCCCAUCGAACAACCUACACCCAACCUAACCUCGAAGCGCGUCUGUGUUGUUUUCUUUGUACGCGGAGUGAAAGAAUCUCGUUGGUGUGAAAUAAAAGAAAAAAAGUGGUGCUACGCAACAAGAAGAUUGGAAAAGUUUGGUUUUGCUACGUAGCUGCGGAGGCGAUCAGUUGUUUGCGAAUUCCGUUUGGGGGGCUCAUGACGUGAAUGCUCUGAACUGCCGCUCCCGCCAUGCAGCGGCUACUGACAUUGCUUUUGGCUGUUGCUGCGGCUGCCUACGGUUCCAGUGAUAUUGUGCGCUCGUACAGUGAUCCCGACAUCGAACGUUUUAAUCACCUCGUCGUUGAUACCAAUACAGGACGGGUGUACAUAGGUGCCGUGAACAGGCUAUACCAAUUCUCGCCAGAUCUGGACUUGGUGAUAUCUGCAGUGACAGGGCCCGAGUUGGACGCAGAUGAAUGCUCAGCCCUAGAAUGCACAACAGCUGUGAACAAGAAACUCACUGAUAAUGUGAACAAGGCUCUGGUCAUAGACUAUACCACCAGCCGUCUGAUUACCUGUGGAAGCCUCUUCCAAGGUAUAUGCUCCGUGCGGAACCUGAACAACAUCUCGGAUUCCGAUCCCUCCGAUGUGAGGGAGAUCCGUGAAGCUGUAGUCGCCAACAAUGCUACUGCCUCGACGGUGGCGUUCAUUGCACCAGGACCACCGAAUCCACCUGUAACCAUGGUCAUGUACGUCGGGGUCACUUUCACGCUAGGCUCGCCGUACCGCUCUGAAGUACCUGCGGUCAGCAGUCGUUCGCUGGAAAAAGACAAGAUGUUUACCAUUGCCCAGACAGCCGUUACCACGGGAACUAGGAUGUUUGUCAACUCCUUGGCGAGGGAAAGAUAUCCAAUCAACUACGUAUACGGAUUCAGCUCGGAGGGUUUCAGUUACUUCCUUACCACUCAGAUGAAGCAUACCAGUUCGAGCGUCUGGAUCAGCAAGCUAGUGCGGGUGUGCCACGACGAUCAGAACUAUUAUUCUUACACUGAGAUCCCCAUUGACUGCAUGAGCGAGGGUGGACGCAAGUACAACCUCGUGCAGGCCGCGUACAUGGGGAAGGCCGGCUCUGAUCUCGCUUCGGACAUCGGUAUAACUCCACAGGAGGAUGUACUGUUCGCGGUGUUCAGUGAAGGUGAUCGUACUCAGGCAAACAAGCCCAAGGACCUCAGCGCGCUCUGCGUCUACUCACUGAAGAACAUCCGGCGCAAGUUCAUGAUGAAUAUCAAGCACUGCUUCAGCGGCAACGGGGAGCGCGGCCUGGACUUCAUCUCCACCAGCCACAAAUGCGUGCCAACGAAACUGCAAUCCAUCGGAGAGGAUUUCUGCGGGUUGGAUGUGAACACGCCUUUGGGAGGAGAGCAACCCGUCUAUGCGAAACCCGUGCUGUUGUUCAACACGAGACUGACGGCUGUCGCUGCGACCUCCACGGGCGACUUUACAGUCGUCUUCUUGGGCACCGCCACGGGACAUCUCAAGAAGGUGGUUGUAGAGUCGGCAGCAGUUGGCCUGGAAUAUGGUGAUCUUACUAUUGAAGAAGGUUCACCCGUUAAUCCCGACCUACACUUCGACUCCCAACAGAUGCAUCUUUACGUUAUGACCGAGAAGAAGGUAUCGAAAGUGAAGGUGCAGGAAUGCAGCGUCUACAAGUCGUGCUGGGAUUGCUUAAAUGCCAAGGACCCUUAUUGCGGAUGGUGCUCUCUGGAAAAUAAAUGCAGCAUCCGUUCGCAUUGUCAAGACGCAGCCAAAGAUCCUCUGUACUGGAUUAGCUACAAGAGUGGUAGAUGCACGACCAUAACGACCGUUACGCCGAACCAAUUACAAAGAACGACCGCUAGAACGCUGGAUCUCGCUAUUGAUAACCUGCCGACCCUGUCUGGUCAAUUCCUGUGCGCGUUCACCGCAUUGGACAAAACCCUCAUCACCAACGCCACCAAGAAAAGCUACGGCGUCAACUGUACAACCCCGCGCACCGACUCGCUGCCAUCCAUCCCGCAAGGACAACAUCACUUUACCGCCAAGCUGUCAGUACGCAUGGAAUCUGGUCCAGAUUUUGUGGCAACUAACUUCACCUUCUUCGAUUGUAACACCUACAGUUCCUGCACCCAGUGCGUGUCAUCGUCUUUCCCUUGCGACUGGUGUGUUGAUGGACACAGAUGCACCCACGAUACUGCUGAGAACUGCAGAAAUGACAUUCUCGUGACUGGCGUCAACCGAGUUGGGCCCAGCUACAGAUCCGGACCAGCCUUUUGUCCGACCAUCAAUGCCUCCGUUGGAAAUUCUCCUGAAAUCUUAGUCGCUUCUGGUAUUAAGAAGGCAAUUCGCGUCAAGGUUCAUAUCAUAGGCCAAUUUAUAGUUCAAACUAGAUUUGUGUGCCAAUUUAACAUAGAAGGUAGAGUGACCAGCGUGAAUGCCCAGCUUCUAGGGGAUACUAUCUACUGCGAUCAGAUGGAGUUCUCGUACACCUCAAAAGCUCCGAAUAUUACAGCUACAUUCGCUGUAAUCUGGGGUGGAUCUAAGCCGUUGGAUAAUCCUGACAAUAUUCACAUUGUAAUCUAUAGAUGCAGGGAUAUGGCAGACAAUUGCGGGAUGUGUUUAGCACUCUCUGAAAAAUAUGAGUGCGGUUGGUGUCAGAGCACCGAUCGCUGCGAGGUGAAGGAACAGUGUGAAAGGGGAUCUGCCGUUUGGUUGAAUCGCAGUCAGACCUGUCCUAAUCCUGAAGUGAUUUCCUUCAGACCAGAGUUGGGCCCUUGGGAAGGAGACACGAAUAUUACAAUUGAGGGCAUCAAUUUAGGCAAGACGUUCCAAGACAUCUACACGGGUGUCAGCAUAGCAGGCAUUAACUGCCAGCCUUAUGAACAUCUUUACAUCAAAACCAAACAAAUCGUCUGCAAGGUUGACGGUCCGGGUACGAACGAACAAAGACAGGGACCGGUGGUCGUUAGAGUGGAGGAUUACAGGGGUGAAUCGAAGACUCAUUAUAGAUUUGUCGAUCCCUCGGUCACCGGAAUCUCGCCAAAAUAUGGUCCGAAAUCUGGAGGUACGAUGCUACAGAUAACCGGCCUCUAUAUGAACGCCGGCAGCAACAUACAAGCUUUCAUCAACGAUUUGCCAUGCAAGAUAGUUUCGACUGAUCAAAAACACGCACUAUGCAUGACAAGUGCUUCCGAUAAGCCUGUGGCCGGCAAAUUAAGGAUGAAAUUCGAUAAGGGCGAUAGAUAUUAUGAAGACGAGCUGUUCCAAUACGUGGAUGAUCCGGUGAUUGAGUCUGUUGAAUCCGGAGUUGCGAGCCCGGUCAAACAGCCGAAGGGCAUUCCGGCAGGCGGCAUCAAGAUCUCCGUUGCCGGAAAAAAUCUUGCUUACAUACAGAAGCCCCAAAUGUACGUCUACUACGAGCAGAAGAUGUUUUUUAGUGCAUGUACGGUGAUUAGUAACACGAGUAUGACGUGCGAUAGUCCGAUUAUUGAAGUCGAGGAACUUAAAUUGGAUGCGGAUAGUCCGCUCCCUUUGGAGUACGGUUUCAGAAUGGAUAACGUGUCCGGUGUGCAGAAUUUAACGUUAAAUAAUAAUUUCAAUCCGUUCUUGUUGUAUCCGAAUCCAGUUUUCGAUCCGUUCGAGAAAGAUAAAGUGAAAUACUACAAAUCUGAUUAUCUUAACAUAAACGGUCAGAAUAUUGACAGGGCUUGCCAGGAAACCGACGUCGAAGUGCGGAUAGGUAAUAGCUUCUGCAACGUAACGUCACUGUCUCGACAGCAAUUGACAUGCAGACCUCCGGAAACCCAACCCUCUGCUCUGGACGAGCUCGGCCAAGCGAAUGGCGAGGAAUUCCCCGAAGUUAUUGUUAUCGUCGGAGGAACACUGCGUUUCGCAAUUGGUAGCCUGUCCUAUUCCUCGCCACAAGGAAUAAAUGGCAGCCUUUCGCGGCCGAUACUUUAUAUGAUUAUCGCCAUUGGUAUAGUUGUUUUCAUAGUUUUCAUUGCGUUCUUGGUAGCAUACCGAAGGAAGUCGACUGAGAACAAUAGGGUUCUCAAGAAUAUGCAGGAACAAAUGGAUAUACUCGAGUUGCGUGUUGCAGCCGAAUGCAAGGAAGCGUUUGCCGAAUUACAAACGGAGAUGACUGAUUUGACUGGAGAUUUGACGUCCGGUGGAAUACCGUUCCUGGAUUAUAGAACGUACGCUAUGAAGAUCCUGUUCCCCAACGUUGACGACCACGUUGUAUUGCAAUGGGAUAGGCCGGAGCUACUGAGGAAGGACAAAGGUCUCCGUUUGUUCGGGCAGCUGAUAAUGAACAAGACUUUCCUGCUGCUAUUUAUAAGGACUCUAGAGAGCAACCGAUAUUUCUCGAUGCGCGAUCGCGUGAAUGUAGCAUCAUUAAUAAUGGUCACGUUGCAAAGUAAAAUGGAAUAUUGUACUGACAUCCUAAAGACUUUACUGGCGGAAUUGAUCGAGAAGUGCAUGGAAGGGAAAAGCCACCCGAAGUUGCUUCUCAGGCGUACCGAGAGUGUCGCUGAAAAAAUGCUAAGCGCAUGGUUUACCUUCUUGUUAUAUAAGUUCUUGAGGGAAUGUGCCGGCGAACCGCUCUUCAUGUUGUUCCGCGCUGUUAAGCAGCAAGUCGAUAAAGGACCUGUGGAUGCGAUAACUUCCGAAGCUAGGUAUUCACUUAGCGAAGAAAAAUUAAUUCGACAAUCAAUAGAUUUUAAAGCAAUGACGAUUUAUGUUUCCAUUUCGCAACAAGCUGGUUUCGUUGGCUUAGAUCACAACACAGAAAACGUUCCUGUCAAAGUAUUAGAUUGCGAUACUAUAAGUCAGGUGAAAGAGAAAGCCUUGGACAGCAUCUAUCGCGCAACCCCGUACUCGCAAAGACCAAGGAAAGAAGAUUUGGAUAUUGAAUGGAGAACAGGUACAUCAGGAAGACUCAUAUUGUACGAUGAAGAUACCACUACGAAAACCGAAGGAGAUUGGAAGAGGAGGAAUACAUUGCAACACUACAGAGUACAGGAUGGGGCCAAUUUAAAUCUGGUUUCCAAGCAGAGCUCAAUAUACAAUCUGAGCAGCAUGUACACGGACAAAAACGACAAGAGUCAUAAGUACGAGACUCUUAAUAUUAACAAAUAUAAUUCUGCUAGUCCGCCGUUGAGUCGCGCAACGAGCCCUUUGAACAAUGACCAUGAUCAAGGUGUCCGCGGUUGGCAUUUGGUGAAACAUCACGACGCUGACGCCCAAAGAGAGGGCGAGAGGGGCAACAAAAUGGUAUCAGAGAUCUACUUGACACGUUUGCUUGCCACCAAAGGUACCCUGCAGAAGUUCGUAGACGACCUGUUCGAGACGAUCUUUAGUACCGCGCACAGAGGAUCGGCAUUACCUCUGGCUAUUAAGUACAUGUUCGAUUUUCUUGACGACCAGGCACUUCAGCACGGCAUAGCCGAUCCAGAGGUCGUCCAUACCUGGAAGAGCAACUCGUUGCCACUAAGGUUCUGGGUAAAUCUCAUUAAAAACCCCAACUUCGUGUUCGACAUACACAAGUCGAACAUCGUUGAUUCGUGUUUAUCUGUAGUUGCUCAAACCUUCAUGGAUUCCUGCUCCACUUCCGAGCACAGACUAGGUAAAGAUUCACCGAGUUCCAAGCUUUUGUAUGCUAAAGAUAUACCAUCCUACAAAGAAUGGGUCGAGAGGUAUUAUUCCGAUAUCAAGAUAAUGCCAGCUAUCUCUGACCAAGAUAUGAAUGCGAUGUUGGCCGAAGAGUCGAGGCUCCACACGACUGAGUUCAACACGAAUUGCGCCUUGCAAGAAUUGUAUACAUAUGCUGUGAAGUACAACGAGCAAUUGAUGGUUACGCUAGAAGAGGAUGAGUUCUCCACCAAGCAACGCUUGGCAUAUAAGUUAGAGCAGGUGCACAACAUAAUGACGGAGCCGCAACCGUGAUACUGGCCUGACUUGACGCGGCCUUCUGCGCCGCCGAUCUCUCCCAUGCAACCUUCUGCUCCCCAGGAGUUAGCCUGCUGAUGGCCAUCAUGUUAGGAAGGAUCGGUUUUGGCCGUCGUCAUCAUCGGAAACUCAGUGCCAGUUCCAUACUGGACAAAACACAUAUCUACGGAACACUAUCUGUAUGUUGUUGGAUCGCCGUUUAAAAUAGUCGUUCAGUGUCGGAGCAGUGCCCAGUCAGUGACUUUAAGUGCCUCUGGUAGGAAUGAGCUGCGUACUGUCUCCAUGAAAUUAGUGUACUAUAUUUUUAUGAUACGACAGUCUGUUUAUUGCUUUGCUGUGCUGAAACCUUCAGCGUUUAGUCCAAUACACCUGCACAUACGCGGAUCGAAAUUCCCAGGUGACAUUACCCUUCGCGUAUGUGCACGUCGAUAUUCUACGUAUUAUCACAAAGUCUAAAAUGCUUUUUUGAUAAUUGUAUAAUGAAUGUACCUUAUAUUUAUCCUUGUACAGUUUAAUAUUUUUAUAUUUUGUUCGAUGCAAUCAUUAAGAUUGUCUUCCGCAUUUGAAGGAAGCAGCAGGGUGUAGUGUUUAUUUGCGACCUCUCAAUCAUUCAUGCAACAGACCCAAGAACCCAACCCACUCCUACCUAAUGACCCCUACCCCUUCGCCACAUACAAAAAAAAAUGCCAUUCGCUAACCUCACCCCCGCCACCACCCAAAAAAAAAAGCCUACGUCUCUCAGUAUCUCUUUCUCUCGUGUCGAUGUGCCGUGGUCUGUUUAAGUGUUGAAAGGCUGUGCAUUUCCAUUAAACCGCACAGCGAGGACUCUAUUAAAUGUCCCUCACCCCUUCAUUCCUAACAAGUCCGCACCACAUAACCAUUUCGAAAACAAAUACAUUAAACAAAAAAAGACAAAGUAUCCCCCGAAGCACUAAAAACCUGUGUUCCUCCACGUAAUGUACAUUCAAAAGCAAACAAGUAAAGAAAAAAGAAAUACAA